AACAGUCGACCAAGACCCCCAAACAGGCAUGAAGUGAAAGUACAGGAAGAAAGAAGUUCAGAGAUAUAAUAACAGAAAUAUUUAGCCGAAUACCUUUUUAAUAAACGACAUAAUGUUUAUUCCUGUCGAAGCAACUCCGCCCUCCUUUAAAGGCUUUACCCUUAUAUUGCCAGCAAUUGCUGUAGGCAAUGUGGCACAGCUCGCAGUGGACCUCAUCGUGUCGACGCUCAGCAUGAAGCGGGUGGGCUACAUGCACACGGACUGCCUGGUCCCAAUGGUGGGGCCCAACCCAUACGCCACAUCCGCGGAGGACGCUGGGGAAAUUCACACCACCGCAGAAGUUUACACAGAUGCAGAAAAAAAGCUGGCAGUCCUUCAGAUCAGGUCACCCCUUAUUCAGUCAAGAUCCAAAAAGUUCAGGAAGUUGUUGGUGUCUUGGAUCAAAGCCAGUGAGUUCUCCCGGACCGUGGUGCUGUCGAGCAGCCACGCCUACCAGCGGGAUGACCAGCAGCUCAAAGGGACGCCGCUGAGGUACCUGGUCACGCCCGCCAUGCGGACGGCGUCGGGCCCCGCCCUGACGGAGCUGGGCUGGAUGGAGAUGGAGAGGCUGUCCCCCUUCCCUGGCCUGGUGGAGGCCGUGCCACGCCUCUCCAUCCCCGGGGGAGGCGUCACCAAAGGGCUCUUCACCGACGGCUGUCAGGAAGAGCUGUGCCUGGCUGUGGUGCUGGUGUUUUGCUCCGAGGGCGACAACGUCCCAGACGCCUUCACCCUAGUCAACCACCUCAACGAAUGGCUCCUCCUGGUGGACAAUGACAAACGAGGAGCACAGAAGUGGAAGGUUCCGGGCUCCUGGAGACUCCUGUUUGGCAGCAGUCACCCACCUUCCAUUUUUUAACCCGAUGGCGCUCCACGUCUUUUCUAUGCUGUUGUUUUGGCUUUAAUUAGAUUGGUGACCCGUCAACUUAAUAAUGUCAGCUCGUAAUGUACUCCAAAGAACAAAGGCCCUGAUUGUGAACGUCCUGGACCGUCAUGGCCGCGCCCCCUUGGCAGUAAGUGCCUGGCGGCUAGCCACACUGGUUUCCUGGUAGACCCACCUACCGACGAGGUCAGGCGGUUCCCGUGCAAACCGGUUGCAUGCACUGUUAGACUAUAUGCGUAAGCCCCGGUUUCCUGUCUGCUUCUCAAGCAUCAUUGUGUGACAGGUUCUGUUCCGUUUUUAAAAGAGUUGUCUCAUUGUCAUAAAUUAGGCAAUAUAUACUUCAAUGUAACCCACAUGAUUCGUUCAGUUUCAAUAAAAGUUGCUGUUCAAAUAUGCAGAUACAGCAAUGCAGAUUAUAUUAAGCAUGCACUUUUAAGGGUAAAGACUAGAGUACACAAGAAUGCUGCAUAAAUAAACGGGGUGUAAGAAAAGAAAUUACCUUUUUUAAUAAACAAUAUAAAAAUGU